AUGAGUUGGAACCCGCACAUGGAAGUCCAUUACAAUAACAUCAGCUAUCCUUAUAAUACAGCAGGAAGCUUUAUUGAAUAUUUUGAAGGCCUGACCUACGAACAUGUUAACUUCAUUUUUUCCGGUGCAUCAAAUGCUCAGGAGAGUCCGUACCCUUUGAAUUCAAACUUUUACAAAUUUGGACCAUCUGAACCUGAUAAUACUUCAUACUAUCGCUACAAUCAUGGAUAUGAGGUAAAUCAUCAUGAGCCACUGGUGGAUGAUUAUAGAAGGCCUUCAGAAAACUCUUCAACAAUCAGUGAACAGAGUCUGGCUGUCAGCACAGAAUGGGGAGAAGAUGGAAACACUGAAGCACAAGACAAUUCUAUUGAAUGCCCUCGAAGACAUCAUAGUAAUUCCAAUGAUUCUCAGGUCAUUUGGCAAGACAAUAUUGAUCCCGAUAACAUGACCUAUGAGGAAUUACUUGAAUUAGGCGAGGCUGUCGGAACUCAAAGCCGUGGUCUCACCCCAGAACAGAUCUCCAUGCUUCCAGUUUCAAAGUUUAAGUGUGGAUUCUUCUUCAGGAAGAAGUCGCGGGAGGAGAGAUGUGUGAUUUGCCAGAUGGAAUAUAAAAGAGGCAACAAGAGGAUCACUUUGCCAUGUAAACAUGUUUAUCAUGCUACUUGUGGGACCAAAUGGCUUAGCAUUAAUAAGGCUUGCCCUAUAUGUUAUACAGAAGUGUUUGCCGACAAAACAAAACAAAAAUAA